AUGGUCCGCUUCGGAACUGCUGCCCUUACAGGCCUUCUUGCGCUUGCAACCGUAACCACCGCCUUCCCUGGCGUAUCCCUCCUCAAUCGAGGCGCUCUCCAGGAGAGAAACCCCGCCCCACUCGAGGAGAGAAAUGCCGCAGCUCAGCCACUCGAGGAGAGGGCUCCCGUGGUGACGACGGUAACGAAGACGAAAACGAAGGUAACGACCAAGACCAAGACGAAGAAGGUCAAGAAGCCGAAGAAGACGAAGACGAAGAAGACCAAGACGACGGUAACGACGACGAUGACGACGCCAACAACAACGACCACGACGACGCCAACAAUAACGACCACGACGACGCCAGCAAUAACGACCACGACGACGCCAGCAAAUCCACCGGCGUCUCCGACCAGCCCGACAGCGAACCCGCCUGCUGCAUCCCCAAGCGCCUCUUGCAGCGCUUUGCCAAGCUCGUACACCGAUUCCCAGGGUGUAGCGUACACCAUCGAGUGUGCCACCGACCGUGACGGCGGCAACCUUGCCGCAAGCAGCUCGGACAGCUUCGCAGGCUGCUUCGCUAUGUGCGACGCCUUGGCUGGUUGCGUCGGCUUCGCCUACGUCGGCGGCUCAGGACCCGGAACUUGCUACUUCAAGAGCUCGCUCGUCGGCCCGACCUCCAAUAGUAAUGUCGACACCGCAUACAACAGCCAGCCAGGGAGCUCUGAUCCUGCGCCUGCUCCAGCGCCUGCUCCAGCCCCGACUUCGGCUACGCCUGCUCCAGCCCCGACUUCGGGUCCUGCGGCCGGUUCUUGCGCUGCAAUCGACGGCACGGCGUAUAACUCCGACGAUGGUAACUCGUACACCGUCGCAUGCAACGCCGAUCUGAAUGGUUCGGAUCUGCAGGCCGUUGCGUCCGAUACUUUCCAGGGAUGCUUCAGUCUCUGCGAUGCGUAUACGGAAUGUCAGGGCUUCUCGUACCUGCCCGGGACAUGUUACUUGAAGAACAACGUGGAUGGGACUACGUCGCCAAAUGGUUCUGUGAACUCGGCCUUUAUGGCUUAG